AUGAACUUUCCUGCUAGUACAACAACUGAAAUAACACCACCUCCACAAAAUCAACAUCAACCGCAAUCACUACCACAAACUCAACCACAACUGCAACAGACAGACUCACAUCACAAUAAACGAAGAAAUGACGACUUUGAAAUUAACCAACAACGAUUUAAAAAUAUGACGCAAGAAGAAGCAAUAAAUUCCACGACAGAAUGGCCUCAAUUUAUACACCCGGAUGGAGGAAUCGUUAAAAUAUCACCAUGGGGCUCAAUACGAGAAUAUAUCGAUCCAAAGACUAAUGAAACUGUAACGAAAUUUGAAGAUUGUAAUUUUGAAGAAUAUUCAUUCAAGUCAGAAACGGUUGAGAAACUAUAUCAGACUCCAGACACGCCACAAUCAUUGUACCAUCGACCUACUAAUCAAUCGCACGACAAUGGCACCGCCACUACUACUGCAAACUCUCGAUUUACAUUGAGCCCGAGUAAUGAAGUUGAGGGAUAUGUGGUUGAUGGCUACGGAAGGCACCAAAACGACGAUGACGUUUCAUUCUCGAGUGCAAAUGAUGUAACUCAUCAGUAUCAAGUUGAACAAGAGAAUUAUUUUGGAAUUGGUGGUGAACAGAUGGAAGAGUUUGAUUGUAGCUAUAACGAAGAUGAAGAUGAAAAAAUGAUAUAA